AUGGAAGGUGAAACAGAGGCGAUAAUGGAGCAGAGGACUGUAGUCAACAACGUGAUGUGCCUCUUGACGCACCAAGAUGGAGCUCCUCUUGGUGCUCCUAUGUACCUUCCUCAGAACAUAGGUCCACAGCAGCUCCAACUCAUUGUCAAUCAGCUUCUACAAAAUGAGGAGAAAUUGCCUUAUGCAUUUUAUAUAUCAGAUGAGGAGCUUCUUGUACCACUUGAAACAUACUUGCAGAAACACAAAGUGUCGGUGGAGAAAGCAUUGCCUAUAGUUUGUCAACCUCAAGCUGUUUUCCGGAUUCGUCCUGUGAGUCGAUGUUCCGCAACAAUAUCUGGUCAUGGCGAAGCUGUAUUGAGUGUUGCCUUUAGUCCUGAUGGGCGGCAGCUAGCAAGUGGUUCUGGUGAUACCACUGUUCGAUUUUGGGACCUUGGCACUCAGACACCAAUGUACACAUGCACAGGACACAAGAACUGGGUCCUUUGUAUUGGAUGGUCACCCGAUGGCAAGUAUCUUGUAAGUGGGAGCAAGUCAGGAGAACUUAUAUGUUGGGACCCACAAACUGGAAAGCAAUCAGGAAAUGCUUUAACUGGCCACAAGAAAUGGAUUACUGGUAUCUCUUGGGAACCUGUCCACCUGAAUGCUCCUUGCCGCCGCUUUGUAAGUUCCAGCAAAGAUGGGGAUGCUCGUAUUUGGGAUGUUUCUUUGAAGAAAUGUAUCGUACUCAGUGGCCACACACUUGCAGUAACAUGUGUAAAAUGGGGUGGAGAUGGUGUUAUUUAUACUGGGUCCCAGGAUUGUACAAUCAAAGUUUGGGAAACCACACAAGGGAAGCUAAUUCGGGAACUGAAGGGACAUGCCCAUUGGGUCAAUUCUUUAGCAUUGAGCACUGAGUAUGUUCUUCGCACUGGAGGUUUUGAUCAUACUGGAAAACAUUAUUCAUCUCCAGAGGAAAUGAAGAAGGUUGCUCUUGAAAGGUACAACUCAAUGAGAGGCAAUGCCCCUGAGAGAUUGGUCUCUGGAUCUGAUGAUUUCACAAUGUUCCUUUGGGAACCCUUCAUCAACAAGCACCCCAAAACUCGCAUGACAGGUCAUCAGCAGCUUGUGAACCAUGUCUAUUUUUCGCCUGAUGGUCAAUGGAUAGCAAGUGCUUCUUUUGAUAAAUCUGUUAAGAUAUGGAAUGGAACUACAGGGGCAUUUGUCACUGUCUUUCGUGGCCAUGUUGGGCCUGUUUACCAGAUCAGCUGGUCUGCAGACAGUAGACUUCUUUUAAGCGGAAGCAAAGAUUCUACACUAAAGGUUUGGGAUAUUCGGACUCGCAAGUUGAAGCAAGAUCUUCCGGGCCAUGCCGAUGAAGUGUUUUCUGUUGAUUGGAGUCCAGACGGAGAGAAAGUGGCUUCUGGGGGUAAGGAUAAAGUGUUGAAGUUGUGGAUGGGUUAG